AUGGAGGAUGGUAUAAUGGAUGAUGGUGGACUUGAGGGAUGCAUCGAAGAAAUGAGAGAGUUGGCCAAGGAUAAAUCACCAUAUCUUGGUAUGGAGUUUCCAUCGGAAGAAGCUGCAUAUGAGUUUUAUAAUGAAUACGGAAGAAUUGUGGGGUUUAAUAUUAGAAAAGAUUAUUGUAAUAAAAGCAAUAAAGAUGGUGUUAUGACUAUUAGAAAAUUUGUUUGUUGUAAGGAGAGAGAGAGUGAAAAAGAUAAACGAUACACGAUGAUAAAAAAUCAUCGAAAAAUUCUUGAAAGGUAUGUAUUAGGCCGAUGGAGAUUGGAUGAAAAAGAUUGUGAAGUUGAAGAGAAAAAUGUUAUAAUGGAUAAGGAUGAUUCGAAGUUGUUAAUAUUAGCACGUUAUAGAUAUCUUUGUCCAAGAAUUGUAAAACUAGCAAUUCAAGCAUCUAUGCACAAACCUGCCUAUCAAUUAGUUGAUGAAGGGAUUAAGGAAUUUUGUGUAAAAGUAAAUAAUAUGAUGAAGGGAGUUGAAAAUUUUGGUACCAAAGAAUUAGAUGUGGAUGACCCAAACUUUGCACAAGUUAAGGGCAUAAAGAAGAAAGAUAUUGGACACAAAAUUAUUGGUCAAUCAAGAAACACUACAAACGUUAAAAAUUCAUCUUCAAGCCAACCACAGACUAUUAGUCAAUCAAGCAAUAUCACAAAUGUUCAAUCUUUAAGCCAACCACAUCCACAAUUGAUAAAUUAUGGGUAUAAUCUUCUUACACGUGAUACUAAUUCAUACUCACUAAGGUAUCCACAAUCACAAUCUCUAUCUUUCCAAGCAUCACAUAGUCCACAAAGUUCUCAAGGAAUAUCACUUAAUCUAGCGGGGCACAAUCCAAUGGAGACUGAAUUUAGAAAUGAGAGUUCUUUUGAUUUUUCUAUUUAUUCCCAACCGCCUCCACAAAAUUGA